AUGAAUCAGAUUAUGUUAAGAACUCCCCAACCAUUAACCCAAUCGUACCCUCUUUUUGCAAACAAAGAAAAUAUUACACCAUCGUCUCAAAUGCAUCACCAGCACUCUCCUGGAAAUGAUAAUAUCCCUCCCACUAUAGGAAUCACGCAGAGGGUACCAUUAAGUCAGCUGCAAAAUCGUAGCACCAAUAAUUCAUCAUAUAUUGGAAACACAAUGACUCAGAUGAUGUUAAGUGGUCCCCAACCAUUAACCCAAUCGUACCCUCUUUCUGCAAACAAAGAAAAUAUUACACCAUCGUCUCAAAUGCAUCACCAGCACUCUCCUAAUGACAAUACCUCUCCCACUAUAGACAAAGUUUAUCCAAAGAGGAGAAUUUAUCAGCAGCGCUACUAUCAACAACGUAAGGCUAUGAAGAAAGUUGUCUUGAAUGGUGGUAAUACACAAACUGGAACCUCAAAUGUUGCUUCAUCUUCCAAUAAUGAACGCUUGGUGGCUGGUGAAGGCGCGCAAUUCGGGAGUGGCAACCUACUGCCUUUGUUUGAGUCGGUCGCUACUCAAUUGCCAUCGGACAUCACAACGUUAACCUCAUUCACCACUAGAUCAUCAGGUUGUAAUACUCAAGUUCAUGAAGGUGCCCAAGAGGAUCCAUACGAUUAUGUUUACCAAGGUGUCCCCACUAAUCAUCGUGUCUUGAGAAAACCACCUCCAUGUCGUCAUAGUGGAGCAAAGCGCUUUAAAUAUGAAACCGAAUCCUUUUGUUGUAUGAAAGGGAAGACAAAGUUGGUUGUCACAAAUGUUCCAGCAGAAUUGUAUCAUCCCUUUACGGAUCAAUCCGACCUAGGAAAGACGUUUAGGAACCACAUACGUGCUUACAACACGAAUUUUUCGUUCACUUCAAUGGGUGUCAAUUUGGAUAAAACCAUGGCAAAUAGUACUUCUGGAGUGUAUACUUUUCGUGUUAAUGGGGGAAUCUAUCACCAAAUUGAUCAAUUAGUGCCUAGAGACGGACAACCUAGGUAUUUACAGCUAUAUUUUUAUGAUGCAGAGGCUGAGCUUUCAUAUAGAGCGCAGUGGUCGAAUCUAGAUAAAGACAUCAUUAGAAUGUUAACACGUGCUCUUUCUACCAAUCCUUAUGCACAAACUUUUCGUAGCAUGGCUGACCUAGGACCGCUUGACAACUACAGAGUCACUUUGAAUGCAUCAGUCGAACUUGACCAGAGGGUGUACAAUAGGCCUACUACAUCUGAGGCUGCUGGUAUAUGGGUUGAAGGAAAUGACAACAUAACUGCAUACAAGAGAAGCAUAGUUGUGUAUGGGAAGUCUCAACAUGGUCAGUUCAUUCAACCUUACUUUGGUUGUUAUGAUCCAUUGUCUUAUCCAUUGUUUUUCCCCAACGGUGAGGCUGGAUGGCAUAAUAAAAUACCAAGACACGGUGUUGACAUAAAUGACAUUGUUAAUGAUGCUAACGAUGAGGACAUCGAUGAAGAUCAAGAUGAAGCUGCAGAAGGUUCAAGCAGGGGAAGAGGUAGGAAAACAGUAUCUAUGCGGGAGUACUACGCCUACGAAUUCCAGAUGCGCCCCACAGAAAACGUGCUUCUUUUGGGGGGGAGAUUGUUACAGCAGUAUGCGGUUGAUGUCUACAUAAAGAUUGAAACUUCACGUUUGAAGUUUUAUGAGUUUAACCAGAAUAGGAUAAGAGGUGAUCAGUUUCAAGGUUUAGUCGAUUGUUUCAAUGCUGGAGAAGUUGACACAAGUAGAGUAGGCCAGAGGAUUGUCUUGCCCGCGUCUUUCAUCGGAGGUCCACGUGACAUGCGCCGUCGAUUCUUAGAUGCAAUGACCCUUGUGCAAGAUGACGGUAAGCCCGACAUAUUCCUUACAGUGACAUGCAAUCUAUGUUGGGAUGAGAUCUUAGAAGAUCUCCAACCCGGUCAGACUGCACAAGAUCGCCCGGAUGUCGUAUCAAGAGUUUUUCAUGCAAAAUUAGAGGAUCUUAAGAAGCAACUUUUAGAGAAGCAUGUCCUCGGUGAAGUGCGGGCAUAUGUGUACAUCAUAGAGUACCAGAAGCGUGGAUUACCCCAUGCACAUUGGCUUUUAAUCAUGAAACCACAACACAAGUUGACUACUCCGGACCAGUAUGACAAGUUGGUAUGCGCUGAAAUACCAGACCCGGUUAAGUAUCCCAGCUUGCACGAAAAGGUUGUUAGACACAUGAUUCACGGACCUUGCGGAUCUUUAAAUCCAAACAAUCCAUGCAUGCAAGGCGAACCAAAACAAUGUCGUUGGCAUUACCCUAGACAAUUUAACGAACACACCAUACAAGGAGAUGACUCAUAUCCUUUGUAUCGGCGGAGAAAAAACGGAAUCAAUGUAACAGUAGGUAAACAUAAUGUCGAUAAUAGAUGGGUUGUUCCUUACAACCCGCGGUUGCUAAUGAUGUUUAACUGUCACAUGAAUGUGGAGAUCUGCUCAAGUAUUAAAUCAGUGAAAUAUGCAUUCAAAUAUGUUUACAAGGGUCAUGAUAAACAAUUUGUUCAUGUGGAUCCCGAUCAAGAAGGAGUUGUAGUUAACGAGAUCAAAAGAUUUCAAGAUGCACGUUAUGUGUCAGCUCCAGAGGCAAUGUGGCGAAUUUUUCGGUUUCCCCUAUUUAAAAUCCACCCUUCUGUUAUGGCAUUACAACUUCAUCUCCCGAAUAUGCAAUAUGUUCGAUUCAGGGAAAAUGUUAGCCUUAGAACCACUGUAGAAAGGGAGCAGGAUAAAAGAUCAAUGCUGACUGCCUUUUUUGAGUUGAAUAGCGUUGACCGAAAUGCAAGGCAAUAUUUAUAUAAAGAAAUUCCAGAACACUACACAUGGAAUGCAAGCCAACUUCGUUGGAAACCAAGGGAGGGUGCAUUAAAGAGGGGACAAGUCGUUUCAGCAAACCCAGCAGAAGGUGACCGGUACUACCUACGCCUACUUUUGACGCAUGUUAGAGGGCCAAAAAGCUUUGAUGAUCUUUACACAGUUAAUGGUGAAAAACACUCGACGUUUAGGAAGGCUGCUCUCGAGAGAGGAUUAAUUGAGAAUGAUGAUUGUUUGACACAAUGUCUUACACAAGCUUCUUUAUUCCAGUUUCCAAAUUCUUUGAGAAGGUUAUUUGCGACUAUUUUGAUUUUUUGUGAGCCGGGUGAUGUUCGAAAAUUAUGGGAUGAUCACUAUGAAUCACUUUCUGAAGACUAUAGAAGACAACUUAAUAAUAUUGAGCAAGUUCAAAAUAUGGUCCUUAGAGAUAUAUCUAUAUUUCUUCAAUCCAUGGGUAAGAGAAUCAAUGAUUUUGACCUUCCUGGUAUAACCACAAGUUCUCAUUAUGCAGAUGAUUGUCGUGAGCUACAAGAAGAAUAUUCUAUUGUUGUUGAAGCUGACCAUCUGUGUGCCCGAGAUUCUCUCAACCCCGAUCAAAAGUUUGCAUUUGACACCAUCAUGCGACAUGUUGAUAAUAAUUGUCCGGGCGUGUUCUUCAUAGAUGGUCCAGGUGGAACGGGGAAAACAUUCUUGUACAAGGCUUUGCUUGCCGAGGUUCGUUCCCGUGGUGAAAUCGCCCUUGCUACUGCAUCAUCUGGUGCUGCGGCUAACAACAUGCCUGGUGGUCGAACAGCUCACUCAAGAUUUAAGAUUCCCCUCAUCCUCAACAAUAACUCUCUUUGCAACAUCAGUAAACAGAGUGGGACAGCUAAAUUACUACGUAGUGCCAAAAUAAUAAUAUGGGAUGAAGCAUCAAUGGCUAAAAGACAAGCCGUAGAGGCACUUGAUCGAACAAUGCAGGAUAUCACAGGAAUAAAGCAACCAUUUGGGGGGAAAUAA